AGACCCCCCUUCCCUCUCUCUCUCUCUCUCUCUCUCUCUCUCUCUCAUGCUCAGUUUUCGCCACUAAAAGAGUGGCAUGAAUAAUCCAUGCCAGAUAAAGAACUGCAGCAGAGAGGGACGUGAUCACAAGCCUCGCUCGUGCACAUACGCACACCCUCGGACACACUCACACACGCACGCGUGUAUCGUGAGCGGGGCUGAUGGAGGCAGAGCUGAGGGGCGUGUGAGACUGCAGUGGCAUCCUUCUUCUCCUCUCGACGCGUGCAGAACGAUCUUCCUAUUGCGAUCCAAAAGCCGAAGCUGGCAUGUUCUGCUUCUGCUUGCAGGGCUCUUUGCUGAAGCUCCAGGCUCUGGAGGGAGACAGCAGCCCAUCGUCAGACCUCUCUCCCGAAGAAAGUCCACCCAGCCUGGGAUUCAAAGAUGAAAUUCUUAUUCCUUCGUGCAAUGGCGUUGGGCAAGAGCACAGCUUACCAGACUGUAGGAUGGCAGAGGGUGACUGUAGCGGUGAUCUCCAGCAGAGCCCCGGGCCUAGUCGACUCAUCCAGCACAUCACAGACGACAACAGCCCCCUGCCCUCCCCACGCUGCUCCAGCCUCAGCCAGAGCCAACGCUUUAACUCAGACCCUGAAUCUGCUCCGUCUCCACCCUGCGCCCAGCAUCUCAUCAUGGCUCGUGGACUUGUUAGAACGGAGGUUCCUGGAGACGCAAAGGAAGCUACUUCCAUCCCUCUCCUCACCAAACACAUCCAGACUCUCAAGAGGAAAAUACGCAAGUUUGAGGAGCGCUUUGAGCAAGAAAUGAACUAUAAGCCUUCUCAUAAUGAUAAAUCGGCCAAUCCAGAGAUUUUCAAGCUCAUGAGUGAGCUAGCCAGGUCUCGCAAGCAGCUCAAAGAUUUAAAGCUCAGAGAGUCAUUUGAAGAAUCCCGGACACAUGAGACCAACCAGUCCACAGAUAUUUGCAGGUACACCAACGGCCAGCCGGAGGCGCCAGAGCAGCAGCACAAGCCCUCUCUGGAGGAGACCGUGGACGCACUGCUGAAACGGCUACGGGAGAAACGCCAGGCCCUCGGCCUCCCAGACAACAUGAAGGAGAUGACCCAAAGACAGAUGGCCCUGGAGAAGAUCACUCUGCAAAAAUGUCUGCUGUAUUUUGAGAGCUUACACGGCCGCCCUGGCACCAAACAAGAAAAAAACUUGGUGAAACCUCUCUAUGAUAGAUACCAGAUGGUGAAACAUCUUCUGUGUGCGAUUCCCACUAUUACAACUAUAGAAGAAGAGGAAGGCUCAGAUGACGACUCGGUUCGGUACACACCCCCACCCAUGUGCCUCACUGAUAAGAGAGGCUGUGGGGAGGAGGAGGGAGACAGCGACCCGGCCUUUGUGUCUCCGCUGGAUGAGAUCAAGACAGUCAGACAUUCAGCCAUAACCAUGUCCAACCUCCACGAGGCCUCCAGGUCUGAGCUGCUGGAGUGUUUACGUGAGACUCGAUCCGAGAAAAAGAGACGACGUAAAGCCAUUAGAGAGUUUGAAGAGCAGUUCCUCAGACAGAUGGGAAGAACCGCACAAAAAGAUGACCGAAUCCCGAUGGCCGAGGAGUACCAGGAGUAUAAAAGUCUCAAAGCCAAAUUACGCUUACUGGAAGUGUUGCUCAGCAAACAGGAAACCACAUAGACUUAGAGUUAAAGAGAUUCUUUCUGCCUUUCAGUGUUGAACCCAAUGUUUGGACCAAAUGGAGUUUUUACAUUUGACAUAAUUGUGCCAUAAUGAUGCUAACUUUAUAUGCACUUUAAUAUCAUUUCUGACCGCAUUGGAAGUCCUGGACUCAAUGGGUUGGGCCGAACCGAUCAAGGCCUUUCGGGGGCCACUAUCACAUAUUCGCAAACGCGUGCGAUCUCUGUGCUGUGUACAGAGCGAGACGGAUCGAUACGAACCUCAUUCAGAUCUCAAAGGGCAAAAGGAUAUAUAGAGUAUUCAUCUAUGUUUAUGGAAUAUGGCACUUUAUUUUUGGAGAGGAUUUUUUUAACCAAAGUCGAAUCAUAUGCAAUUUUCACGUUUUCUUGCUCUUGUUUGAAGCUAGUUUAUGAUUCUAAUUAGGAACAUGGUGACAUUAUGCACACUAAUGAGGAUCCAUGAUUCUCUGGGGCUAGACAUGAUCUCUAGCCUGUCAAAUAAUGCAAGGCUCUAGAUAGAAAACAACUCCGAGCACUUAAAAUAAUGGAUUUAUGCAAAUUGCGAUGAGUUCCCUAACAUAAACAGCAGCAACAAACCAUAAUUGUAUGCAUUGUAAGAACUAGCAAAAGGUAAUUGUUUAUUUCUCAUAGUCGUCUCUCGCAUUAAAAAGGGAGCACAAAAUGAGACAUUGAAAAGAUUCUCCCAGAAAGACUGUAUUUUUAAAUAUAUAUUUACUCAGAAACGUUAAAGUAUGGUACGUGGCCAUCACAGAGCACAGUUUUCCUCCUAUACAUGAAGAACAAAUAAUAUAUUGGCUAAAAUGAACACUGUCGAAUCACGUCGUACGCUAAAAAUAAUACUGAAGCCCAAAGCAGGAGAUAUGUUCGUGAGAAGCGGAUGUGCGCUUUAAGUGCAAUUCUGCUCAAGUAGCUACUCUCUGGAAACGAAACAAUCAAUAUCUUUCCGACGGCUCUACUGCAAUGAACUAUUACAAUCUUUGUGUAGUGUCUUUGCAUGCCAACCAGCGUAAACUGUUGAAUUGUGCUACAAUCAGGUGUGGUUAUUCUGUCAUGUUAUCGUUCGUCCCAGAAUUGAUUUGCUGUACACAUCCACAAUGACAAAUGUAGCUUUUGAAUGUUAGCUAUAGUGCACGUAACUCUACAUUGGUUUAUACAGUAAAUAUAUAUAUGCUUAACUAUAUAUAUUUGCUUUAUCGUGAACCUUUUCUUUUCCAUCACCAAAGUCCUGUAUUGUGCACUUCUGAUUCUGUCCAUUUUCUAUUCACCAGUUAAAAAAUAAAUAUUUUUCUAUCUACA